AACGAGUGACUCGGGAAUACUGGCAAGCGUGUCUCUUUAGCUAUAUAAACGGCGAUCAACGCCUACGAGUCCUGGGCCCCAGUCGGCGCCAGUUAUGAGGAUUGUACGCGCGGAACAAGUUGCCGAUUGAAAACGAAGGAACAAGCAAGAAUGCAAAGGGAGGAACGUGAUAGCGGCCACCCCCUCUUCGUCCGUGUGGUAAUAGUCAUGAGCCUCGCGUCCGUUUCUUCGUGUGCUCGGUACGUAUGUGGCCUCUAGUCGGCCGAGCGAGACCCGAGAGUUCAGGAGAGACAUCGCGCGCGCGAUCUAGCCAGCUCGUGCGUCUUCUCGCGAACGAAUCGGAAUCUGAAUGCAUAGUGAAAAUGUGUCCCGGAACGAGACGGCGCUCGGGAUUCCGUUGGUCGGCGGUGACGCUGCUCGUCAUCGGUCUUCUUGUCGGCGACACCGCCGGCGUUUGGAAGAGACGGGAGGAUAAGACCAAAUGCCCGAAAGUAAAAGGCAUACGCAACUUUGACAUAUCUGAGUUUCUUGGAUCGUGGUACAUAGUACAGUACUAUGCAAGUUCGGAGGAAGCACUCGCGUACAGAUGCAUGAGAGCCGAGCUCUCGGUUUCGCCCGAAAACGCCGAAGUUACUAUGAAUUUCACUUACAGCUUUACUGACGAUCCCAUUAACGAGCUGCUCGUCGGUAACAUCACAUGGAAAAUCCCCUCGUCGGACUUACCUGCUCAUUGGACGCACGCCGAACUUUCAUACGAAGGAGUGUACAAUACGUAUGUGUUAGAUUCAGAUUAUAAAUCCUGGGCGUUACUAAUGCAUUGUGCUGAAAAGAGCGAAAGCCCACGAUACUUAUCUAGCUUCAUCAUGAGUCGUGAAGCGAGCCUCGGGGCAAACGUCAUUUCUUAUCUUCGAGAGAAGCUGCCUAGGUAUGACAUCGAUUUAGAAUACAUGUUUCCUAUGGACCAAAAGCAGUGUAAUAAAACGAACAACUCGGAAGACAUGCUUAUACCGACACUGACAUCAGUUAGGAGAAGCCAUAUCAGGAGACAUCCGUUGAAACGAAAACAUAGACGCCAAUAAAGAUUUCGCUCAAAUCAAACAUCUCUCCGUUACUUUGGGCUAAUUUUAUUAAUUCAAUUAACAACGUGUUAUAAUACUCUUCGUCUCUUCCUCUUAUUUAUAAUUACAUAAUUGUAAUGAA